AAGGCGUGGAAGAGCCUGUCUUGGAGAUUUUCCCAGGGAAACCCUGAGAUCAUUCAUUAUGAAGUGUACCACGUGGGAGUGGCUCCGAGUGACCACAGUGCUGCUAUUCAUGGCUAAAGCAGUUCCAGCCAUGGUCGUUCCUAAUGCCACUUUAUUGGAAAAACUUUUGGAAAAGUACAUGGAUGAGGAUGGUGAGUGGUGGACGGCCAAGCAAAGAGGGAAAAGGGCCAUCACAGACAAUGACAUGCAGAGCAUCUUGGACCUUCAUAAUAAGUUACGAAGUCAGGUGUACCCAACGGCCUCUAACAUGGAGUAUAUGACGUGGGAUGUCGAGCUGGAGAGGUCUGCAGAGUCCUGGGCUGAAACUUGUUUGUGGGAACAUGGGCCUGCAAGUUUGCUUCCAUCGAUUGGACAGAAUUUGGGAGCACAUUGGGGAAGAUAUAGGCCCCCGACGUUUCAUGUCCAAGCAUGGUAUGAUGAAGUGAGAGACUUCACCUAUCCAUAUGAACAUGAAUGCAACCCGUAUUGCCCAUUCAGAUGUUCUGGUCCUGUAUGUACUCAUUAUACACAGGUGGUGUGGGCAACAAGCAGCAGAAUAGGCUGUGCCAUUAAUUUGUGCCAUAACAUGAACAUCUGGGGGCAGAUAUGGCCCAAAGCUGUCUACUUAGUGUGCAAUUAUUCCCCAAAGGGGAACUGGUGGGGCCAUGCCCCCUACAAACACGGAAGGCCCUGUUCAGCUUGCCCACCCAGCUUUGGAGGAGGCUGUCGGGAAAAUCUGUGCUACAAAGAAGGAUCAGACAGGUACUACACUCCCCGUGAAGAGGAAACCAAUGAAAUUGAACGGCAGCAGUCCCAAGUCCAUGACACCCACGUUCGGGCAAGAGCGGAUGAUAGUAACACAAAUGAAGUUGUAAGCACGCAGCAAAUGUCCCAAAUUGUUUCUUGUGAAGUAAGAUUAAGAGAUCAGUGCAAAGGAACAACUUGCAAUCGAUAUGAAUGCCCUGCUGGCUGUGUGGAUAGUAAAGCUAAAGUUGUUGGCAGUGUAUAUUAUGAAAUGCAAUCCAGUAUUUGUAAAGCUGCAAUUCAUUAUGGUAUAAUAGACAAUGAUGGCGGUUGGGUAGAUAUCACUAGACAAGGAAGAAAACAUUAUUUCAUCAAAUCCAAUAGAAAUGGUAUUCAAACAAUCGGGAAAUACCAGUCUGCUAAUUCCUUUACGGUCUCUAAAGUAACAGUUCAGGCUGUCACCUGUGAGACCACGGUGGAACAGCUCUGUCCAUUUCAUAAACCGGCUUCCCACUGCCCAAGAGUAUACUGCCCUCGUAACUGUAUGCAAGCAAAUCCACAUUAUGCUCGUGUGAUUGGAACUCGAGUUUACUCUGAUCUGUCCAGCAUCUGCAGAGCAGCGGUCCAUGCCGGGGUGGUUCGCAAUCACGGUGGUUACGUGGACGUUAUGCCCGUGGACCGAAGAAAGGCUUACACUGCUUCUUUUCAGAAUGGAAUCUUCUCAGAAAGUUUACAGAAUCCUCCAGGAGGAAAGGCUUUCAGAGUAUUUGCUGUUGUGUGAGACGGAACACCUGGAAGAGGAGCGUGAAGACUAUCCCAGAUGCCAUAUUUCUGAAGUGUAUAAAACUGUAACAUUACUGUACAGAAGGUCGCAACUAUUUUCAGCUGCCCCCAUACUCCCCCCCCCCAAAAAAAAUGCCAAAUGCAUAUAAAUCUUGAUACACAAAGUCUGUAAAAUAAAACAUGGGACAUUAUUAGCUUUGGAAAAAGUAAUGGAUAUGUAAUGGUUUUAGAAAUCCUGUGUUAAAUAUUGCUAUAUUUUCUUAGCAGUUAUUUCUACAGUUAAUUACAUAGUCAUGGUGGUUCUACAUUUUAUAUGUUAUAUUAUAUGGUGCUUUGUAUAUGCCACUAAUAA